AUGACUUACAAUUCCGGAAAAGGAAGAAAGAGCAGAAUUCCGAGGAAAAGACCAGCACAGUUUGGUAUUCCACAGUCAAAAGUCAGAAUCCACGAAGAAAAGAUCGCUGAAGGCUUCGCGGCAAGUGACUCACAAUUUUGUUGUUUUAGUGACCAUGCUUCCAAUGCAAAUGGGCUGAAUUUGACGCAAAAUGGAAGAGUCCCAGUGAGCGUGGAGAGAUUGGAGAAUGAUCCCUGGCUUCAAGAAGAGCAAGUCCAGCCUGUUUUGAAAUACAGCUCAGAACUAGAGGGUAUCCUUCGCGAAAAUCGCCAACGAAUGCGCCACAUCAUCUCGCGAAUUCCCCGCCCAAAAGUCGAAGUCCCUCCAAGUAAUAAACUCUCAAGCCGACAAUGCACCACCCUCGCAGUCUGGCAACCUCCACCUAUCAUUCCUCAAAUGCCUGCGCCUGAAUCACUUCUUCAAAUCAGCACUCAAGAAUCUUCGAAUUAUCAGACCAACAAUUUUUCGUCAAGAGAAAGCAGCCCAGAAGCCUCAUUUGAAGAUCUUCACUUUGAAAUCACCGAACGAGGGGACAAUUUCUCCCCAGAAAGAAUGGAUACUGACUAA